UUUGCUUUGUAAUUAUCAGUCGAGUAAACAGUUCAGUGUGUUGCGCGUGAAGCUUUACGAGGUCCUGCCUGCCUCUGUGUGUGUGUGUAUAUAUAUAUGUUUUACACGUCUAUAGGAAGAACGUCGUUUCUUUUUUUUUCUUUUAUUUGGUUCUUGUUUCCAAGGCGGCUGGAAGUUUAGCCAACUUUUCUUUGCGGAUUUUGUCUGCUACUGGAAGCCUGCUGUCUGAAUGAUCAGGAUGAUUUUUUAGCAUUGACUUUUAAAUCUGAAAUCUUUUUGAGACAAGAUGAGCUACUCCGUGCAAGUGUCCAAUCAUCCGUGCGUUAAUGGAUCCCUUGUUGCUUUGUCCUGCCCAUCAAGACAAGUCCUGUGCCAGAUUGUAAAUGAGAUUGACGUUACGAUCUCCCUGGACUACCGCAACGCAUCAGUUGACCUGGCUACUUCAGGGCCCGGAUGGCGAAGUGCUGAGUUCUGCAUUGGCCUUUCCCUUGCCAUUUUUUCAUGCAUGCUCAUAGGAGGAAGUGUCAUCCUAAAAAAGAAGGCUCUAUUGAAACUGGCAAACACAGGAGGAACCAGAGCAGGUGAUGGAGGUCAUGGAUACCUGAAGGACUGGUUGUGGUGGGCUGGCUUGCUUACAAUGGGCGGAGGGGAAGCUUCUAAUUUUGCUGCAUACGUCUUUGCUCCAGCAACAGUAGUCACUCCACUUGGAGCCCUCAGCGUACUUAUAAGUGCAAUUCUGUCCUCUUAUUUCCUUGGAGAGAGUUUGAAUAUGCUGGGGAAGCUGGGGUGUGUGCUAAGCAUUUUGGGGAGCACUGUAAUGGUCAUCCAUGCCCCAGAGGAGGAAGAAGUAACAACACUGAGUGAAAUGACCUAUAAACUCCUUGAUCCUGGUUUCAUGGUCUUUGCAGUAGCCCUUCUUCUUUUGUGCUUGCUUCUGAUCUUUUACUUCUCACCACGUUACGGACAAACGAACAUCUUAAUAUACAUCGCCAUUUGUUCUAUCCUUGGAGCUUUUACUGUGUCUUCAGUCAAGGGACUCGGAAUUGCAAUAAAAGGCCUGUUUACACACGAGCCAGUGGUGCAGCACCCACUGACCUGGAUUUUAAUCGUCUCGUUGGUGGUCUCUAUUGUCACCCAAAUCAACUAUCUCAACAAGUCUCUCGAUGUGUUUAACACUUCUUUGGUUUACCCGAUCUACUAUGUGUUUUUUACGACCGUCGUUCUGACCACCUCGGUAAUUCUCUUUAAAGAGUGGAACGCAAUGUCUCCGGUUGACAUCGUGGGAACUAUAUGUGGAUUUUUCACGAUAAUCUUGGGGGUGUUCAUGCUCCACUCUUUCAAGGAUCUUCAGUUCUCUUUCGACCACCUGCCGGCAACUAUUCAGAAAAAAAGUGAGGACGAUCAAGUGGCCGAGUUUAUUAAAAUGGACGAUAAACACAUUCUCAUCGACCGAAUGGAGAACUCAGUAUUUUUGGAUGAAUCGCCUCGCGUGUUUGUUAUAUAUAGCUGAGGAUGGGUCAUCAAUGUUUUAAAUUGUAAAUUGUUUUAAUAUAGCAACAUAUUUAUAUUAUUUGCCAUGGACGGAAGCCCCAAUGAUAUGGCAAAAGUGAGGUAUUCAUUUGUUAUGAGAUUAAUGUUCUUGUGAAUGCAUUGUACAUUUUAAAUGUGUAAUUUACUGGAAGAUUUUUAAAGUGUUGUGUUUUUUUUUUUUUUUUUUAAAUACCACCCUAAAAUCUGGUCUGUAAAUAAAAAGCCAACAUGUUCACUACUUUAGCGAUUGUUCUUACCCAGUAACAAAUAUUUACCAAUGGCCAUCCAGCUAUUGUGCUGCAAGUACAAUCCGUUCAACUCUGAGUUAAUAUUUAAGUAGUGAAAUGGCCUUUCCUAACCACCCUGUUUUAAAAGUCUGCCCCCUAGUGGGAGGCAUGUUUUCUAUGUUUAAAUGCCAAUCUGGUAACAUACAAGUGCCAAUAAAAAGUAUUCAACAUCA